GAGGGAGCGUCUCGCGGGCCGUAGGAGGAAGAUGGCGGUGGAGUCGCGCGUUACCCAGGAGGAAAUUAAGAAGGAGCCGGAGAAACCGAUCGAUCGGGAGAAAACGUGCCCGCUGUUGCUGCGUGUUUUCACCACCAAUAACGGCCGCCACCACCGAAUGGACGAGUUUUCCCGCGGAAACGUACCGUCCAGCGAGCUGCAGAUCUACACUUGGAUGGAUGCAACUUUGAAAGAGUUGACUAGUUUAGUAAAAGAAGUCUACCCAGAAGCUAGAAAGAAGGGCACACACUUCAAUUUUGCAAUUGUUUUUACAGAUCCUAAAAGGCCUGGCUAUCGAGUAAAGGAGAUUGGCAGCACCAUGUCUGGGAGGAAGGGGACUGAUGACUCCAUGACCCUGCAGUCGCAGAAGUUCCAAAUAGGAGACUAUCUGGACAUAGCAAUCACACCUCCAAAUCGGGCACCACCUCCUUUAGGGCGCAUGAGACCAUAUUAAAUUUUAUUUACUAUUUCUUGAAUUAUUUUUCAUUCAUUUAUGUAAAAUAAAUUCUUUUUCUUCCCCUC